CGGGGAUUCUCAAACUUAAAGCAGUGAGCCCCACGUAUGCAAUUUUAGACUAAGCAACCUCCACUCGGCUUUUUACCAACUGACAGCGAACAUCUCAAAUAAUGGAUAUUAAACGAGUACUAACCACACCCACGCAGUGAUGCGCACACACGCAGCAAAAGUAAUACAUGCGACAAUGUUUCUUCCAUUCCACGGGAAACCUGUCGAUAUGAUACCCAGACACAUCGUCCUGCUGCUCUCCGUUCUGCUGGCUGUACGUCUCAGCCAUGAGUCAGACACAGUCUCUGUGCUCCAGCCCAAGACCAGGGAUGUAAACCCAGACGGUUCUGCAACCAUCGAUUGCCAGCUCCAAGGCGCACAAGAGUCCUGGAAGAUGCAGGUCUCUCUCUCAGGGAAAAACAAUAGGAAAAACAAUAGGAAAGACUGCCUGGUGUUCAACAAAGCAGGCUCGAUCCAGUCCAGCCAGUAUGAUACGAACCAAUGUGUCUGGAGAAAUAGUUCAUUUAAUCACUUCCAGUUCACCCUCUUUCACCUGGAACCAGGCACUGAAGAUGAAUAUGUAUGUGAAUUCUACAGGACAUAUCCCGUUCCGAUACAAAACUUUCUCGGGAAAGGCACAAAGCUGGUCUCAGGACCAACACCAGCACCAAUGUCAGGAACACCGGUGCCGGUCUGCCCCUCUGCAUACACAGUCCCACAGUGCCCAGAGCUCGGACCUCUAAACUGGGGACUGGUGGGCCUGGCUGGCUCCCUGCUUCUCUGCUGCUUCAUGGUCACAUGUGCCUACAUACAGCUGAGGGUCAAGCAGGAAAAAGAUAUGGAUGCUUCACUGACAUAUGUGGCUAUGCAGCCUCCCCAGUCCCAUAUGGAACACAUGCAGAAUGGUGACGCAGAAAGCAACACCACCUACAUGGACAUGCGCAAAAUGCAGUUACAAGGCAGGACAUCACGAAGAGACAUGAACUACAAUUCCCAACAGAUGACUCACUGAUAUCUCAAGACUAUAAUUCCCAGUAGGCCUUUCCCUCAAACAGUGACAGGAUCUCCGCCGAAGAAUCUGGAUUACAUCACAAGAAUUCUUACCGCUGACACUUCCAGAUUUAAAGUAUCAAUAAAAAAUGCUAUUAAUUUACAUGUCAAUGCCAUUCAUUGGUUGGCUAGACCAUUGGGGAUUAACCCUUUCACUCCCAAGAGUGCCGUUGGGCACUCAAGGGUAACUACUGUAAAAUUCCAAGAGUGCCGUUUGGCACCUUAUACCUUUUUAACCAAUCAAAAUGCUGCUACAUUAUUGUUUUGAGUCCCUAUUAAAACCAUACUAAUUUUUCCUCAAUUUUCUCAACCAAAGCCAAAACCCAUUUGGAUUUGGGUGAAGCCACUUCAUAUUGGGCUUGGGACUGAAAGGGUAAAUUGAGCUCAUCAAACCACCACUGUUUUCAGACCAUUAAAUUAUUCAAAGGUCCAUUUUUUAAAGGAAUUAUUCACACAUGUACUGCUUGUGCAAAAAAAACUUUGGCUGACAUGACUAUUAAAUUCUUAUCUAAAUAUUUUGGUUGGUUGGUUGGUUGGUUUGUGACACCCAAUGGUGAUCAGCCUACUGCAAGUCAAUUAUGUUCAUUUUGAGAAAAUAAAUAUUAUUUCAAAAUGCACUUGCAUUAACUGUUUCAAAAUACAUGCAUUAAAACUUAAAAUUCAUCAUCAA